AGGCCUAGCUGGAGUGGACUAGAUUCUAACAACGAAGCUGGAGGUGUAAAUACAUAUUUAACACGAAGACUACUGCGUCAAGUCCUUAGCCACGGACUGUAACGGCAACUCUAAAAGAGGAAGACUACAGACCAGUGAAAAACCAUGGGCAACCAAGUGGGAACUGUUAGAUUGCUGGGAUGGGGCAACCAGGCGUUGAAACCAAAUAGAGAAGAAGAUUUCGUGGAGAAAAACAUCGGUUUUCCGUGUCGCGUUGUGACCGGGAACAAGGCCGUGCAGUCCGUCUUUGACAUUGAACUUUUCAAAAAGGAAGAAUUUUGUUUUGGCGUGGCAGAAGUCCGACGGGAUUUCACUGAAGGCAUUUGUCCAAGCGUCUCGUCCAACGGCAAGAUCCAUGAGAAAAACAAGGGGUUUUUAAUGGAAGUGAUCGCAAAGGCUGGCGAAGGCAUUCCAUCAUCAACCGCAUCGUCUGUAUUGUCCAACAUCUCUAAAUGGGGCAGCACAGCAAUGAGCGACUUCGAGUCAAAGUUGUUGGCUGUUGCAGCGGAUACCGUACUUCCUAACAUCUUUGGGGAGUCAUCGUCUUUUAAUGCGGAAGAUAUUCGUCUUUAUAUCAUCGGGGCGACUGAAGUAAGAUCGUGCAUCGUGAAAGCUUUAACAAGUAAGAACCUUGACGAAGAACGGCAGGCAGUGAGGUCGAUCAUUGGGAAGAUAAAGACAUCAGAGAGAUACCAGCAACUGAUGGAUCUUGGUCAUGCGUACGGGUUGGGAGAAGCAGAGACGACGGCACAACUCCUCUUACCGGUAUUCUUCAACGGGGUUGCUGGCAUCAGAGCAAAUCUUGUGUCGUCCUUCGCCCGCUUGGACACCAUCAGCGCAGAAGACCGGGAGGAGCUACGGGAGGAGGCGCUUGCUGCCCUGAAGAAACAUGGAGGUCUGACCCGUGAGUCCCUGGAGGAGAUGCCGAAAAUGGAAAGCUUCGUCUUGGAAGUACUGCGGGCCUGUCCAAGCCCAAUGUUUUGGAGCACCAUUGCUACACGUCCAACGACUGUGGAGUACACCACGGAGAGCGGAGAACACGCACUGAAGAUCAAGGAAGGUGAGCGCGUGUAUGCCAGCUCGUACUGGGCACUGAGGGAUCCUGCUGUCUUCGACAAACCAGAAGACUUCAUGUGGCGCAGGUUCCUCGGCCCGGACGGUGACGCUCGUCGGAAACACCACGUCAUCUUUCACGGACGACUCACCGACACACCCGCGGUCAACAACCACAUGUGCCCGGGUAAAGACGUCUCGCUGUCAGCACUAAAAGGCAGCAUCGCCAUUUUCAACACCUUCUUCGGAUGGGAACUCCAGGAGCCGCCGGUGUGGACAGGGACGAAGAUGACCCGCGGUAGUCAACCAGACUACGAAGUGAAAAUCAAGUCAUUCUGGGUACAACACCCUGAAGACUUGAAUGAGAUCUUUCCAUCCCACUUCCGCGACAUCAUUGACGAAGUAGAUGAUGUUGAUGACAUUGACGUGCUCGUCAAAACGAAGACCGGGACUUACAGUGGCUCUGGUACAAACUCAAACGUCUACAUCCGCCUCUUUGACGACAAAGGCCACCAGUCCCGUGAGCUGCAGUUGGAUGUGUGGUGGAAAAACGACUUUGAAAAGGGACAGGAGGGACAGUACAAACUGAAGGAUGUAAAAGUGGCUGCCCCUAUUGUGAAAAUUGAGCUGUUUCGGGAUGGAUGCCACCCUGAUGACGACUGGUACUGUGAGUCCGUCUCUGUCCAACUCAACCCGGACAACAGCGGACCGACAUACGACUUUUCUGUGAACCGUUGGAUCAGGCAAAAUGAUCACGUGUGGCUGAGUCCCGGUGGAUGUGAGCGUCCACAGGACGACGUGAACCCCAAAGAUGACUAGGAUGAACUUCUGGUGUAACCUGGAAUCUCGUCUCCUUGUGGCUCGGCCUACCGUAGUUAGUGCAGGCUUUGUACGAGGCCAGUGCAGCUCUCAGCCGCCGUAGGAAUCGGCCACACCCGGUAGGAUUUUCACGCGGUAGGACUUUUGCCCAGAGGGCUAGGGACAAUUAGCAAUUAACUCCCACUGGGCAAAGUUUAACCGUGUGAACGAUUACCCUGGCGGCUGAGAGCUUCACUGGCCCGGUAGAGAGCCUACACUAACUACGGUAGGCCGUGCCACAAGGAGACUGGAUUUCAGGUUACUUCUGGUGAUGAGGAAAGCACUAUCAAGGCAGUAUAACAGACGAAUAACGAGGCUCUUUUUACAGAACCUUUGCUUUAUUUGCACCGACGUUUUGAUAACCGCAUGUUAUGUUCAUGAGGGCAAUUUGACUUGUUCAGUGUACUGCAGUGCUAGGAGUAACUCUUUACAAUUAGAAAUGCUAUCACAAGAGUUCAACGAACACAUUUUUUUUUGCUAUUAAGUAAACAAUCAUGCCUUUA